GGGGGCGUCAAACGUGCCGCCGCACCAAGAGGACGCAAGCUUACAGUUACAGGCAUCCUCCACUAGCAAUCGACUAACUAACUAGCCAGGCCAAACGCAAGCAUCAUCAAGGCUGCACCCGAGUUCUUGGACAGUAGUUGACCAUGACGGGAGACGACAGGAGGGAGAGGACCGAAGCUAGCGCCGGAGGGAGGGACGACGACGCCGGCGAUGGAGGAGGAGGAGGAUCUGCGGGCCGCGAGAUCAGUUCGAAGCCGGCGGUGGUGGGGCGCGUGCCGCUGUACCGGCUCUUCGCGUUCGCGGACCGGACGGACGCUGUGCUUAUGGCCGUGGGCGCCGUCGCGGCGGUGGCCAACGGGAUGGCACAACCGCUCAUGACCUUCAUCUUCGGCGACGUCAUCGACGCCUUCGGCUCCUCCGCAUCCCCCGACGACGUGCUCCACAGGGUCGUCAAGGUGAUAAUGAACUUCGUUUAUCUUGCCAUUGGAGCCGGGCUUGCUUCAACAUUUCAGGUAUCAUGUUGGAUAAUUACCGGAGAAAGACAAGCAGCACGAAUCAGAGCCUUGUAUCUCAAGGCAAUUCUAAGACAGGAUAUUGCAUUCUUUGACAUGGAAAUGAGCACUGGGCAAGUGGUUGAGAGGAUGGCAGGGGAUACAUUCCUAAUUCAAGAUGCCAUCGGAGAAAAGGUUGGGAAGUCCAUACAACUUCUUUCUACUUUUAUUGGUGGCUUUAUUAUUGCAUUUGUAAAAGGAUGGCUCUUGGCCCUUGUUAUGCUCUCAAGCAUUCCUCCAAUCGCCAUCGCUGGUGCGAUUGUGUCAAGGCUGAUGACAAGACUCUCCACUCGCAUGCAAGCAAAAUAUGGUGAUGCUGGGAAUGUUGUCGAACAGAUGCUUGGAGCUAUUAGAACGGUUGUGUCGUUCAAUGGUGAGAAGCAGGCUAUAAGAACAUAUAACAAGUUCAUACGAAAAGCAUAUGAAUCUGCUCUACAAGAAGGUGCUGUAAAUGGACUUGGACUAGGUUCCGUAAUGGCAGUCUUGUUUUGCAGCUAUGGCUUGGCCGUUUGGUAUGGAUCUAGACUGAUAGUUGAGCGAGGAUACAAUGGUGGCAUGGUUAUCUCUGUCAUAAUGGCUGUCAUGAUUGGCGCAAUGUCCUUAGGUCAGGCAACACCAUCAGUAACAGCUUUUGCUGAAGGUCAAGGAGCAGCAUAUAGAAUGUUCAAGACAAUUGAACGGAAACCAGAUAUUGAUAUAUAUGAUACCACAGGUGUCAUAUUGGAGGACAUAAAGGGUGACAUUGAACUGAAGGAUGUGUACUUCAGCUAUCCUACUAGGUCUGAACAUUUGGUAUUUGAUGGAUUCUCGCUGCAAGUACCAAAUGGCACAACUAUGGCCCUAGUGGGGGAGAGUGGCAGUGGGAAGUCCACCGUGAUCAGUUUGGUGGAGAGAUUCUACGACCCACGGGCUGGACAAGUUUUGAUCGACGGAGUUGACAUUAGAAGGAUGCACCUUGGAUGGAUAAGAGGAAAAAUUGGUCUCGUCAGUCAAGAACCAGUGUUGUUCUCAACUACAAUCAGGGAAAACAUUGCCUAUGGAAUGGAAAAUUCAACACUUGAAGAGAUCAAGAGAGCAACUGAGCUUGCAAAUGCUGCUAAAUUCAUCGAUAAGUUACCAAAUGGUCUUGACACAUUGGUUGGGGAACGUGGAACUCAACUGUCUGGAGGACAGAAGCAGAGAAUAGCAAUUGCUAGAGCAAUCGUAAAGAACCCUAGGAUCUUACUACUUGAUGAAGCAACUAGCGCAUUGGAUAUGGAAUCUGAGAGGGUGGUUCAAGAAGCUCUGAAUAGGGUCAUGCUAGAAAGGACUACGAUUAUCGUUGCUCAUCGCCUAAGCACAGUGAAAAAUGCUGAUGUGAUAUCUGUCCUACAACACGGGAAGGUGGUUGAACAAGGCUCACAUGUAGAACUGAUGAAGAAGAUACCUGAAGGUGCUUACUCUCAGCUGAUACAUCUACAAGAGACACGCCAAGGGGCAGAAUUUUCAAGCGUUGACCCUGAUAUUGUACUAACAAAUGGUAUUGGCUCUAGGUCUAUUAAUAGCAAACCAAGAAGCCAAAGUAUCUCCAGGAGAUCAACUAGUAAAGGAUCUUCCUCGUUUGGGCACAGUGGUAGGCACUCCUUCCCUGCUCCACUUGGUCUACCUGAUCCUAUGGAACUCAAUGGAUCUCCAGAUGUGGAAGAGACUGUUGACAAAACGAGCAGAGCUCCAAAGAAAGCUCCACUUGGCAGACUCUUGUAUCUAAACAAACCAGAAGCUCUUGUCCUUGCACUUGGUUCUAUAACUGCUGCGAUGCAUGGCGUUAUUUUCCCAAUAUAUGGCACAUUGAUCUCCACCGCAAUAAAGGUGUUCUAUGAGCCACCUGCAGAACUACUGAAGGACUCGAGGUUCUGGGCAAGCAUGUUCGUUGCGUUGGGUGCUUGUGCAUUUGUUCUGAUUCCAGUAGAGUAUUUCCUAUUCGGAUUAGCUGGUGGGAAGCUUGUGGAGCGCGUACGAUCACUGACAUUCCAAAGUUUAAUGCGCCAAGAGAUUAGCUGGUUUGAUGAACCUGAACACUCAAGUGGAUCAAUUGGUGCAAGACUAUCAACCGAUGCCAUGAACGUUAAGCGGCUUGUUGGGGACAAUUUAGCACUCAAUGUGCAGACUUUAUCAACUGUCAUAUCAGGCUUCACAAUAGCAACAGUUGCAAACUGGAAGCUGGCACUGAUCAUCACUGUGGUGGUUCCCUUUGUGGGUUUCCAAGGCUAUGCUCAGAUGAAGUUCCUUAAAGGUCUCAACAGAAACGCGAAGCUCAAGUAUGAGGAAGCAAGCCAAGUGGCCACUGACGCGGUCGGCGGCAUCAGAACCGUAGCGUCGUUUUCUGGCGAGAAGAAAGCGGUGGACGCCUACGAGAGGAAAUGUGAGUCUCCGAUAAAGCAAGGGAUCAGGGAAGGUGUCGUUGGUGGCCUGGGGUUCGGGUUCUCGUUCCUGGCAUUCUACCUCACGUAUGCUCUGUGCUUCUAUGUCGGUGCCAAGUUCGUUGAGCAAGGGACGGCGACGUUUCCUCAGGUGUUCAGGGUCUUCUUUGUAUUGGUUCUAGCCACCAGUGGGAUCUCGCGAACAAGCGCAGUUGGCGCGGAUAGCACCAAGGCCAAUGAUGCGGCCGCGUCUGUCUUGGAAAUCCUCGAUCGAAAGUCUAAGAUCGACUACAGCUGCGAGGAGGGCAUCACCAUCGCAGGCGUGAGCGUCAGGGGGGAGAUCGACUUCCAGAACGUGUGCUUCAAGUAUCCGCUACGGCCAAAUGUUCAGAUCUUCAAGGAUCUGUCACUAAGCAUUCCUUCUGGAAAGACUGUUGCACUGGUCGGGGAGAGCGGCAGCGGGAAGUCCACCGCGAUCGCACUGCUCGAAAGGUUCUACGAUCCAGACUCGGGUAAGGUCCUCUUCGACGGCGUGGAGCUCCGAGCCCUCAGAGUCAGCUGGCUCCGGCAGCAGGUCGGGCUGGUCUCGCAAGAGCCAGUGCUGUUCAACGACACCAUCCGCGCCAACAUAGCCUACGGGAAGCAGGGGGAGGCGUCGGAAGAGGAGAUCGUCGCCGCUGCCGGAGCAGCCAACGCGCACCAGUUCGUAUCGGCUCUGCCCGACGGGUACAGCACCCUUGUCGGCGAGAGAGGCAUCCAGCUGUCCGGUGGCCAGAAGCAGCGCGUCGCCAUCGCCAGGGCCGUCGUCAAGGACCCCAAGGUGCUCCUGCUGGACGAGGCGACCAGCGCGCUGGAUGCCGAGUCGGAGCGGGUCGUGCAGGAGGCGCUGGACCAGGCGGUGGUCGGUAGGACCACGGUGGUGGUAGCGCAUCGCCUGUCCACCGUCAGAGGCGCGGACGUCAUCGCUGUCCUCAAGAACGGGGCAGUCGCCGAGAAAGGCAGGCAUGAAGACCUGAUGCGGGUGAAGGGUGGAACCUAUGCUUCGCUUGUUGAGCUAAGCUCUACUUCUUCGUGAUCCCCAAAUAAUUAAUUAAUAAGGUUAGAUGAUCCUCACAUGGAUUGGGAAAAGAAUUAAUAAGGUUGCUACUCAAAGUUCUACUUCUUAGCCUUUAAUAUCAAUUGGGCAAUUACCAAGCUUCGCUUGUUGAUAUACUGAAAGUUCGGUCAUCAUUCAAAAGUUAGAAAAUCCUCACGUGGAUUGGUUACGAUGUAGAAAGGUUGCUACUCGAAGUUAUACUUUUAAGUUAAUUCGUAACAGAACUUCAAGUUAA